GAGGUUAAAUACAAAGACAAAGGGUUUGCAACUCUUCAGCGGAAGAGGUACAAAAGGCCAAAAAUCCUAAAACCUCAACCAUUGUAACCUAAAAACACUGAUACUGAUAGUUCCUCCAUUUUGCUGUUCCCUUUUCUUGGAAUUCUACAGAGGUUUUUAUUAGUUGGAAGUUUUGGGAUUUAACUUGUACUUAUCAUGGCAACCCGUCUACAAUUUGAGAACAAUUGUGAAGUUGGGGUGUUCUCAAAGUUAACCAAUGCGUAUUGUUUGGUUGCAAUUGGAGGAUCUGAGAACUUUUAUAGUACAUUUGAAUCUGAGUUAGCAGAUCACAUCCCUGUUGUCAAAACCUCUAUAGGUGGCACUAGGAUCGUUGGGCGUUUAUGUGCUGGAAACAAGAAUGGACUUUUGGUGCCGCACACUACAACAGAUCAGGAACUUCAACACUUGAGGAAUAUUUUACCAGAUGAAGUUGUCGUUCAGAGAAUUGACGAGAGACUAUCCGCAUUGGGAAAUUGCGUUGCCUGUAACGACCAUGUUGCUCUUGUACAUACUGAUCUUGAUAGGGAUACUGAGGAGAUUAUCGCAGAUGUUUUAGGAGUUGAAGUGUUUAGGCAGACUAUUGCUGGAAAUAUUCUCGUGGGAAGUUACUGUACCUUCUCUAACACAGGCGGAUUGGUUCAUCCCCAUACAUCCAUUGAAGACCUGGAUGAACUGUCAACUCUUCUUCAAGUUCCUUUAGUGGCUGGGACGGUGAACAGAGGUAGCGAAGUCAUUGGUGCUGGUAUGAUUGUUAAUGACUGGACUGCAUUCUGUGGAUCAGACACUACGGCAACAGAACUCUCUGUCAUUGAAAGUGUGUUCAAGUUGAGGGAAGCCCAACCUAGUCUCGUAAAAGAUGAGAUGCGGAAAUCAUUGAUCGACAGUUUCGUUUAAUACUUUACUUUGUUUAGACUAUCUUUUACUUCUAUGUAUUACAAGUCCAUAAUUAUCCUAUAGUGUGAUGAAGGUUACUUUGCAGAGAUUUUAUCAUAUUUGAAGAAAAUGUCAUCCCUUUUUUUUGGUUUCUAA